AUGCAGAGCUCGAACACAGGCUUCGGAAUCGGAGCGAACGCGCUUCAAAGUCAGCUUCAACUGCUUCGCCAGGGUGGUGCGGGCACUUUAGGUACGCAAGGAAUGCCACUAGAUAGAUCUCCGAGGACACCGAAAUGCGCACGAUGCCGCAAUCACGGAGUAGUAUCAGCCCUCAAAGGACACAAACGCUUCUGUAGAUGGAAGGACUGCCAAUGUGCGAAGUGUUCAUUGAUCGCGGAACGUCAACGAGUUAUGGCGGCACAGGUAGCUCUUCGAAGACAACAAGCGCAAGAAGAGAAUGAAGCGAGACAGCUGCAAAUUUUGAUGGCAUCGGCAAGUCAAGCUCAACCAGUUCCGACCGCUUCUCAGAGACUGAACUUGUCUCCACCGGCACUUCCAGCUAUUGAAAUGAAUCUCGAUCAAAGCCAAGCCAAUGAGUCCACCAAAAAGAGGAAGCGAUCAGCUGAGAACGACAGCUCUCCUGAGAUUGCGCUCAAACGUCCCUACGAAGAGCAAGCGAAUCAUCAAGCAGAACCAAAUCCAAACGAAACUGAAGCGACCAAGCAACCGUCUGAGUUUCAGUUGCAGCUUAUAACGCUUCAAAAAUGUUUCCCACAGAAACCAAAAGCGCUGCUUCUAAAAGCACUUCAAGAUCAUAACGGAAACAUCGUCAACGUGCUAAAUUCUCUGGCAGAAACUUCUCCGCCAUCGUCGACCAGUUCCUCGAAUGCGCCACUGUCAGCUCCACUCGAUAUUCAAGUACCAGAAGAGCGGGUCAAUUCUAUUGUGCAAAACGUCGUCUCUUCGUCCGCUGUGGCGCUGCCCCCACGAACGGUGCCCUCGCUUUUCCCGAGAUUCGAUCAACUGCCAAUGCUGCCAGGUUUCCCACAAUUGCGUGGAUUUAAUCCUCUGUUCCGAGCCGGUGUGCCGCCCUUAUCAAUGUAUCCUGCGCGACAUUUUUUCCAUUCUUUUAUGCCACCAAAUCUCCCUCAUGGUUCUCCAGUUUCUGAAGACUACGCUCAAAUCGAAGAGCAGCCGGAUUCUCCAGAGAAAGACAUCAAAUCGUCUCCAAACAGCAACGAAGAAUAA